UUAACUUUAAUAAAUAUUGUAUGUUUUUAUCAAAAGAAAUUAAAUCGACAACCAAAUUUGAUGUGAAAAGACACAUCUAAGGUAGUAGAUGCUUUUGGUAACACGGAUAAGAAGUCAACAGUAAAGACUAAAAAGGGGCAGAAGUGAUGGAUGAUAAGAAAAUUAACAGAAGUGAUGCCGGCGAACCUGGAAAGGCAAACAUUUCUAAACCAAAAGACGUGAAAAUAAGUAAUUAUGUAAAAGCAAAGGAUAGCUUCAGUAAACCUGAUCGUGGCGAUAUAGUUGUUGAAAAGAAUAAGGAAAACAAAAUUGAAAGCCAGUCAAAGGUUACUGAAAAUAUUUUAACUAAAGCUAAUGAAAAAAAAGUUACUAUAAAGAAAGCAGAUGCUAGUAAAGAUAAAAUGAAAUUGUCCAAUGGCAAUAACUUACGGGAGACGAAAUAUAACAAAAUUAUGGAAAGCAUAAAUAAAAUUAUAGAAGAAAAUAUUCAUUUAAUAAAUACGAAUACUAAAUCAACUGAUCCUACACGUAAAGUCGUCGAAGAAAGUAGCAAAGUGGCUGGUGAAAGUAACAUUAAUAAACAGAACACAAAACUCAAGGAACCAGAGAAACAAUACAAGAGUGAAGCAGCUAAAGAUGAUGCGGCUCUUGUAGACUUUCGAAAGAAAGCAGAUGGUUCAAAGGCACCUCUCGAUGUAGUGAAGACUAGUAAUGAUGUGAAAAAUAAAUCACUCGUUAUUAAUCUACCAAAACAAGUGAGCGGUUGCAAACUCGAAGAGAAACCAAAGGUGUCGAAAGAUCAAGUAAGUCCACAACCGAAAUUAAACAGUUUCCAACAGAGAAAAGCUAGUCAAACAACUGAAAACUACGGCGUAAAACCAAUAAGAAAUAUUAUCCAUAACAAAAGUAACAGUACAAAAAUACAGACCGAAAAACCCAAAAUGCUAAAGAUUGAUUCGACAACAAGAACAAAAGAAAAUCACCACAAUCACACAAAGAAAUCAACUCUACAAAACGCAAAAGUAAAGCAUGUAAAGAGGAAAAAUGCCAAAAAAGUUGAGUCGCCAAAGAAUGGUUCACAAACAAAAUUAAUACCAAUGUUGGAAGACGAACACGCAAAACUAUAUUACGAAGCUUGGCUUAAUAAUACUGUAACAGUGACAGCACAGGAGCAGCAGAUUCUAGAAGAUGCUGCCCAGAGAUACCCAAGCGUACCUGUUAUAACAGAAAUGGCUUCCGAAGACUACACUGAUAAGAAAUUUACUGGAAUCAUCAAAAUCAAAUAUGGAAAAAACAUAAAACAAUCUUGUGAGCCUAGCAUUUCUAUAAAGUAAAUUGUUGGUUCUCUGUAGUACUAUAUUGUUUGUUCUCUAUAGUAGAUAUAUUGUU